AUUUGGAAAUGACUUAAGGAGCCCAUAAUAACAGGAAAAGAUCUAGCUUAGCCCUUUUUCAGAAUCAUGGAAUGUCCAGUCUUUUUAAAGUAAAGGGUGGACCUUGCACAUCGAGUGGCCAAGCUCUGCAGCAAAACUUUACAUUCAAGCUCAAUAUUCUAACUGGAUAUGAAAAAGAUGCAACUUCUUCAACUGUGUGCCUUCUUCCAUGUCACAGUCUGUAGUCAGAUAGAAGAAGUCGCCAUUUCACCUCCUGGGAAUGAGGUAUUUGUGCUAGCAGGUUCAGCCUUCCAGUUCACCUGUGCUUGCGUUGGUAGUUGUAAGACACCACAGUUCAGCUGGACAAGAGCUACUACUGACUCUGAUCGUAUGCGAACCAAAAACAGCACUCUCAAAUUUUCCAACGUGAAGAUUGAGGAUGCGGGUCGAUAUACCUGUGAUGCAAAGUGCGAUGGCAGUUCAGAGAAAAAACUCAAAUCUGUCAAGAUGACUGUCUAUGCUUUUAGUCAACCUGUGUUGGUGAUGUCAAGUAUUUUGACGGAAAAUGUGGCUUGUGAUGUAACAUGCAGUGUUGAUGCAUUUGACCACGUUGACAGUGUCCACAUAAGCUGGUAUCUAGGAAGUGAGCUUCUUAAAGAUGAAACUCAGCAGACUUUGGAUGCAGCUAACGUGUCGGACACACUGACUCUCACUGCCCUGAGGGACUAUACUGGGAAGAGUCUGACCUGUGAAGUGAAAGCAGACAUGAGAAAUAACUCAAAACAGGUUUCUUACUGUCUCGACAUACACUAUGCACCUAAGAUCAAAAUCAGUGCUUCCUCAUCUGGGAUGGAAGAGGAGGAAGUGGUGAUGAGCUGUAGAAGUGACGGCAACCCCACCCCUACUAUUGAGUGGGAGAGAAAAGGGGAGCUGUGGCCCAAGAAUCUGCAUCGACAUGCACAAGGAAAUGUCACGGGCCGGCUACACCGCAGCAACCAAGGGGUUUACCAGUGUGUGGCCAAGAACGUGGUGUCCGAGGCAAAGGAAGAGAUGAAACUGGAGGUGCAAUACGGACCAGCAAACACAAGUAUCCAGUCCUUCCCACUGCAGGCCAUUUCCUAUGGGGUUCAGCUGAACCUUACCUGCUUGUCAGACAUGUACCCCAAAGCCAAACAGUACAUCUGGACCAGAAUCCCAGAUAUGGCCCUACCCAAGGAGGCCAUGGUUACAAACAGCCAUUUAAUCAUAGAUAACUUCCAAGAGCACCACCAAGGCAUCUAUGAGUGUAGAGUGAUUCACCACAGUGGGAAAACAGAGAGAGCAUUCUAUACCGCCUCUGUUCAAGCGGAGCCCGAGUCUAAGGUGUUCACUCAGAUGGUGGGUGCAGUGGCUGGCGGUCUUGUCAUCGGAAUCACAGGAGGCCUCGUGGCAGGAUUCAUGUUAGCUAAACGGCUGAAGUGAUGCUACCUUAAAUCACCUCACUGUGUGGGAUCUAAUCUGGAGCCAUUCAGAUGGUCUCAACCAGAGUGCCUUAUUAUCAAUUCAUACAGCAGAGUUUAACAGCGAUUAAUGUACAGUACUUUCAGAAAGUAUUCAUACCCCUUAAUAAUGUAUUCCACAUUUUGUUGUGUUACAGCCUGAAUUCAAAAUAGAUGAAAUAGUUUUUUUUAAAGCCGAUUUAAGUCCAAACUCUAACUAGGGCACCCAGGAAUAUUCAAUGUUGUCUUGGUAAGCAACUGCAGUGUAUAUUUGGCCUUGUUUUUAGGAAUGCAGACUGAACCAGGGUUUCCUCUAGGGUUUUGCUUGUGCUUAACUCUAUUUCGUUUCUUUUUAACCCAAAAAACUCCCUAGUCCUUGCUGAUUACAAGCAUACCCAUAACAUGAUGCAGCUACCACAAUGCUUAAAAAUAGGAAGAGUGGUACUUAGUGAUGUUUUGUGUUGGAUUUGCCCCAAACAUAACGCUAUGUAUUCAGGACAUGAAGUUCAUUUCUUUACCACAUGUUUUGCAGUUUUAAUUUAGCACCUUUUUGCAGACAGGAUGCAUGUUUUGGAAAAUGUUUAUUCUGUACAGACUUCCUGCUUUUCCCUCUGUCAUUUAGGUUAGUAUUUUGGAGUUGUUGAUCCAUCCUCAGUUUUCUCUUAUCACAGCCAUUAAACUCUGAGUUAGGAAGGAAGCCUGUAUCUUUGUAGUGACUGGGUGUAUUGAUACACCAUUGUUGGAUUCGGGAUGAACUCUGAACAUUGAGAUAUUAAAUAAAUUAUCAUAAGCAUUGAAUAUAAGGAGUGAAAGAGACUGGGUUUUAUGUCAGAAGUUAAUUGUUUUCUGUAGAAAGAAAUGGCUUUGGAAUGUGUUGUGUGUACAGGAGGAGCAGAUGGAUAUCUGUGGAUUGGGCGAAGGAGGGAUUGAGGUCAGAUCCCCUGAAGGGAGUAAUAAUGGUUUAUUACCCUAUUACUCUCUUCCUGUGGAACCAUAAGAUGUAAGGAUUGGAGAGCUGGAGGAGUGUCUAAAGUGAGGUAUAUAUAAUUGUGAUGGUGAGAAAUGUUAUUUUGUCUGAAUACACCUGUAAUGACCCUUUGGGAAUAAUUAAACUUGGUUAAGCUUC